AUGGCUUCGUCCAGCUCCUCCAGCACCUCAGGCGGCCCCAUCGCCAGAGGAUCUCGAAGGAGGAGGCUCGUUCUGAAGCUGAGCCAGAAGGACACCCUGCAAGCGCUCUUUCAACAGAACCCCUACCCUGGGAUAGCGACCAGAGAACGACUGGCCCGAGAGCUUGGCAUUGCCGAAAGCAGAGUUCAGGUCUGGUUUCAGAACCAACGAAGAAGACGGUUAAAGCAGAGCCGAUCGCCGUCUGCAAAUAUGCGCCAAGACGGGGAAGGGGCGCCAGGAGAGGCCAGGAGAAAGAGGACAGCCAUCUCUCCUUCUCAAACAAGGAUCCUUGUGCAAGCCUUCACGAGGGAUCGCUUUCCAGGGAUUGCCGCCAGGGAAGAACUGGCUCGUCAGACGGGAAUCCCAGAACCUCGAAUCCAGAUAUGGUUUCAAAACCGAAGAGCUCGGCACCCCCAGCAGAGAGCAAGGGGGCCUGGCAAUGCGCCUUCCCCGGGGGCUGCUGCGGAUGCAGGAGCACACCCUGCCCUCCCAGGCACAGCCAGCAUCCUAGAAGAGUUCGUGGAGGCCACAGGCAUCCCGGACACGCAGGCGCCUUCCCCGGGGGCUGCUGCAGAUUCAGAAAUAUGGUUUCAAAACCGAAGAGCUCGGCACCCCCAGCAGAGCGCAAGGGGGCCUGGCAAUGCGCCUUCCCCGGGGGCUGCUGCGGAUGCAGGAGCACACCCUGCCCUCCCAGGCACAGCCAGCAUCCUAGAAGAGUUCGUGGAGGCCACAGGCAUCCCGGACACGCAGGCGCCUUCCCCGGGGGCUGCUGCAGAUUCAGAAAUAUGGUUUCAAAACCGAAGAGCUCGGCACCCCCAGCAGAGCGCAAGGGGGCCUGGCAAUGUCCGGGCCCGAGGACCAGGCGGCGCAUCGGCCACGACCGCUCCUGCUCCAGAGGACCGAAGGGCCCCACCCGCUGUCCACAGCACCUCUCCUCCCCUUGGCCCCUCUCAGACACAGGAGAGCAUGCCACCCUUGGCUGCAGCCGCUCCUUUGGGCGCCCCCACCUUCUGGGUGCCCGGGACUGCCUCUGGGGUCUGUGUGGGCCAGCCGUUGAUGUUCUUCGUGAUCCAGCCCAGCCCGAUGUCUCUCCAGCCAAGUGAGAAGCCACCACCUCCUCCCCAGGUAGCAGUGCCCUGGGCCGCGUGCUCCCCUGCUGACACGGCCCCUUGGCAGCCUGGGCCAGGGGCCAUCCUGCCGCCUCUACAGCCUGAGACACACAUCAGGCGGAGGCCAGAGUCACCCGUUGCUGAAGGCACGGCCCCUCUGCUAGAGCCACAGCCCCAUCCGCCCAGCCUUCCAAGAUCGACAAGCCUCCUAGAUGAGCUCUUGGCGGCCACAGGCAUCCUGGAAACGCAGGCGCCUUCCGCGGGGGACGCUGCAGAUGCACGAGACACGCCCUGGUCUUCACCGCGGGCCGCUGCGGACGAAGAAGGAGUUGAGGCAAUCCUGGAGGCACCCCUCAGAGAGGAGGAUUACCAGGCACUCCUGGACAUGCUGCCAGGCUCCCCAGCCAUCUCUCCUUCUCAAACAAGGAUCCUUGUGCAAGCCUUCACGAGGGAUCGCUUUCCAGGGAUUGCCGCCAGGGAAGAACUGGCUCGUCAGACGGGAAUCCCAGAACCUCGAAUCCAGAUAUGGUUUCAAAACCGAAGAGCUCGGCACCCCCAGCAGAGCGCAAGGGGGCCUGGCAAUGUCCGGGCCCGAGGACCAGGCGGCGCAUCGGCCACGACCGCUCCUGCUCCAGAGGACCGAAGGGCCCCACCCGCUGUCCACAGCACCUCUCCUCCCCUUGGCCCCUCUCAGACACAGGAGAGCAUGCCACCCUUGGCUGCAGCCGCUCCUUUGGGCGCCCCCACCUUCUGGGUGCCCGGGACUGCCUCUGGGGUCUGUGUGGGCCAGCCGUUGAUGUUCUUCGUGAUCCAGCCCAGCCCGAUGUCUCUCCAGCCAAGUGAGAAGCCACCACCUCCUCCCCAGGUAGCAGUGCCCUGGGCCGCGUGCUCCCCUGCUGACACGGCCCCUUGGCAGCCUGGGCCAGGGGCCAUCCUGCCGCCUCUACAGCCUGAGACACACAUCAGGCGGAGGCCAGAGUCACCCGUUGCUGAAGGCACGGCCCCUCUGCUAGAGCCACAGCCCCAUCCGCCCAGCCUUCCAAGAUCGACAAGCCUCCUAGAUGAGCUCUUGGCGGCCACCGGCAUCCUGGAAACGCAGGCGCCUUCCCCGGAGCCCGGUGCAGAUGCAGGAGUGCACCCUGCCCUGCCAGACCCACCCAGCUUCCUAGACGAGCUCUUGGAGGCCACGGGCCUCGGGUCCUCGCAGGCGCCUUCCCCGGGGGCCGCUGCAGAUGCAGGAGCACACCCUGCCCUGCCAGGCACACCCAGCUUUCUAGGCCAGCUCUUGGAGGCCACGGAUAUUGCGGCCUCGCAGGCGCCUUCCCUGGGGCCCUAUGCAGAUGCAGGAGCACACCUCGCCCUCCCAGGCUCACCCAGCCUCCAAGAUGAGCUCCUGGCCGUCACAUGCAUCCCGGGCUCGCCGGGUCCUUCCCUGGGGUCCUCUCCUGUCAUCCCAGGGUACCAUCCAGCCCUCCCCGGGUCUCCCAGCCUCCUAGAGGAAAUCAUGGCUGCCUCGUCCAUCCAGGACACGCCCUGGUCUUCACCGCGGGCCGCUGCGGACGAAGAAGGAGUUGAGGCAAUCCUGGAGGCACCCCUCAGAGAGGAGGAUUACCAGGCACUCCUGGACAUGCUGCCAGGCUCCCCAGGCCCUCGGGCUUAG